UGACAUCACAAGCCCCGCCCCCUCCUGUCAUGAGCUAAAAUAUACGGAAGUAGUUCAGAACUUGUCAACAAGAAAGGCCGACUGACAUGGUGAAGUCUUCCUGAAUGAAAUCUCCUAAGAUGGCGCUUCUCUGACAUUUUAUUUCAAUUUUUAAGUCUUCAGUUGUUUUUUUUUUUUUGUUUGUUUUUUUUAAAAUAAUUUCCAGCUUUUUGGAGGAGAAACAUUAUCACAAUGACAGUCACUUACAACCUCUGUGCCCUCCUGGUUUUCACCAUAUCAGUGUGCAGCCGUUUUGUGCCCGCCCUCUGUUCAGCCCACUGCGGGCAUUCACUUCAAGUCUUAGACAACCAAGUGGGAGAGAUCAGGAGUUCUGCUUACCACAGCUGGUCCUACCGCUUCGGCCCAACCUAUGACUGCUGGAUCAUCAAGGGUGUGGAGGGAGAACCUGUCGUUCUCAGCUUUUCCCAGUUUUCAGCUCGGUGUAGGAAGGAAUGGGUGUCUAUAAAAUCAUCAACUGGUGGUGAGCCGGUUGUCCUCUGCGGCUCUAAGCUGCCGCCGCCCAUGGAAUUCCCAGGGGGGAAUAUUACAGUGAUGCACCACUUCCUCCCGCAUCUGUUCCCUGUGUCAUCGUUUCUGUUGAGCUAUGCCAGAGACUCAGGUGAAUGCCCAGUGACAUCUUUUGAAUGCCUGGGGGGUCGUUGUCUUCCCCUCUCCUGGCGCUGUAAUGGCCAGGUGGAGUGUCUCGGUGAAGGUCCUGGCAUCGGCACUGAUGAACAGGACUGCGAUGCAGAAGUGGAAACUCCACAACCCCCAAAGCGACGCAGCACACAGGCAGAGGAGACCCAAAGAGAAACAUAUACAGAGAUAAACCAUGACAGGGACUCGGACAGACAUAAGCCAGUAGAUAAAACUUGGAGCUCAGACAGGUCAGCUGAGAGAAAUAGUGAGUCUGAACUGUGGCAGUCGAUGAAGGACAGGGAGGAGGAGGAGUCCCAGGUGGAUCGAGAGCAACCUCAGACUCAUAAGGAGAUGGCUGUGACACCCACUCCCAUCGAGUGGCCUUGCGGAGGGCUCCUCCAAACCUUUUAUGGGACGUUCUCCCCUCCAGCCAUUCGGAAUUCUGCUCUGUACUGUGUCUGGACUCUGGACCCUCAGGACUCCAGGCCACUCAGACUGGACCUGCAGCAGUUGGUGCUGGGACAUGGGGACAGACUCACCAUCUACAACAGAGAGCAAGGCAAUGGGGACGUAAUUAAAACUAUCACCAGCACCUCCAAUUACAAGUCAGUCCAAGUGGAAUCCCACACUGGCCUGCUGUCGAUGGUUUACGAGACACUUCCUGGCUCAGAGGGGAGCGGUUUUAACGCCACGUUCCACGUCGGGAGCUACUGCCCUCCAUGGGAGGGUCGGUGUGGGGGAGCAUCAGGAGGUUGUUUCACCCAGGAGCAAAGGUGCGACGGGAAAUGGGACUGCCCUGAGACGGGGAAGGAUGAGGAGGGAUGCAGAGGCUGCAGUCCGAACCAGUUUGCCUGUGGGAUGACGGGACAGAGGGCGCUGCCGCCCAGCCACUUCUCUGGCAGGCCCGUGUGUUACCCAGUCACAGAGAGAUGCAACUACCAGCUGUACUGUGCCGAUGGCAGCGACGAGCGGGACUGCACCGUGUGCCAGCCAGGGACCUUUCAUUGUGACAGCGACAGGUGCGUGUUUGAGAGCUGGCGCUGUGACGGCCAGGUGGACUGUAAGGACGGCACGGAUGAGCUCAACUGCACCGUCAUCCUGCCCCGCAAGGUCAUCACCGCGGCAACGGUUGGCAGCCUGGUCUGUGGACUCCUGCUGGUGAUCGCCAUGGGCUGCACCUGUAAACUGUAUUCGCUCAGGACCAGGGAGUACAGCAUGUUUGCUCCAAUCAGCCGUCAGGAAGCGGAGCUGAUCCAGCAACAGGCUCCUCCAUCCUACGGUCAGCUGAUUGCCCAGGGCAUCAUCCCCCCGGUGGAGGACUUCCCCACAGAAAACCCCAACGAGACCUCGUCUCUGUCUCUGAGGGGAAUUCUCCAGCUCCUCCGUCAGGAUGCCUCCAGCUCCCCGCAUCGCAGACGCAGGCCCCGAUUUGUCCGCCGGGCCGUUCGCCGCAUGAGGAGGUGGGGUCUCAUCCCCAGACCUCCCUCCAGGCCGACUCAGGCAUCAAGCUCUGGUCAGCAGCAGUCGGACGCCGCUCCCUCCGGUCAGGAACCAGCUCACUCCACUCCCACAAGCUCCUCGUCGGCUGUGGAGGCAGUCAACCAGCCGGUGCCUCAGAAACUUGGCUUGUUGGCUCAGUCAGAGCAGCAGCAGCAGCAGCAGGAAGCACCACCUCCUCUACUGCCGCUUCCCCCUCCGCCUGUCUCCUCUCCGCCUCCACCUCCGUAUGCUCCCCCAGCUCCUCCCACGGCCGCCCUUCACACUCCUCCUGUAGCCGUCCCUCCGAGCAGCCCCUCUCUGGCCUCCAUCUUCCACACGCUGGGCCUGAGCAUCUCCCUCUUCAGAGCCUCGCCUUCUUCCUCCUCCACCAACUCCAUGCCCCUCUCCGCCUCCCCGUCUUUCUCCUCGUCCUCUUCAGACGACGAGGUGCUGCUUAUCCCCCUCUCUGAAGACACCACUUCAGAGGAUGAUGUGCCCAUGCUCACCUGAAUGACUUCCGCACCCACCCAAUACUCCACACCACUCCUUUUUCCCCCGACACACUGAUAACUGAAACCCAGUCUUUCCACAUUUGUUUGAACUUAAGCACAGGAGUGGCCCACAGCGAGACUCACCCUCACUGUGCAAGUCUGGUGCCUUUUGAAAUUGCUUUGAGUUGGAUUUAUUGACUUAUGGAAUCAAGUAUUUGACCAUUUUUAAAGACUUCCUUAAGAAAGUGUAAGUUUUAGACGAAAAGCAUGGCUGAUGUAUGCUGGCGAGUAAGUGUAGGUGAGUGUUGGUUGUGCACUUAAUUAACGCUGGGCUGCACAUUGAAGGUAAACUUUUUGCACAGAAGAAUCUUCCCUAUCCAGAUACUGAGGCAGGCUACUGUCAGAUUGAAUGAUUAGAGUUUUUAUGAUGGAAAAUAAUUGUGUUUGUAUGGCUGCAACAGUGUGAAUGCAUUUGCAUUUUAGUCUUACAUAGACAGUGGAGUAUGUUUGUAGAUGUGGAUUGUCCCCACAUACUUCUGCCACUUGCAUCCAGUCUCACGUUAUAUCACAGAUAUUAUAGAAAAAAAAAACAUUUCCCCUAUUUAAGUGCCUUUUGAGGAGUUUCCUGUAGAUGGCUGGAGGUGAUUGAGAUGAUUCCUGAGUUACACACUGCACACGAAAACACACAAAGGCACGUUUUCCUUACAUCACAGCACGCAUCGACACAUCAGUGACUUUAUUAUAACACGAAAAGAGAUGCAUGUCUACUCUGCAAGCUGGCAAUAACUUUUUGGGACCCCUGUUUUAGUGCACAUCGAUUGCAACGUAACAUAUAUGCGUGUUAAAGUACACACACGUGUACACUUCCUAAGUGAAUGUAUGUAAUCUACAAAAGCAAACGUGUCAAAAGACAAUCUCUCUGGUGCCUGAUUUUAGAUGUGUGUGUAUGUGUGUGUAGUGUGCACAGGAAGAUAAGGCGCCCUGGUGAUGAAAGGGGCCCCGAAAUCACAAAAUAACCUCAACUUGAAUCUUCAGCCCCUGAGGGGAAUUGAUCGCAUUCUGUCACAUUUUGACACAACAGACUUGUGGUGUGCCAUUUGUAUUGUUGUACAUUUUAUGGAGUUUUUAUUUCUGCAAGUUACUUAUCUUUUGUUUUUUCUCUUUCGGUUGUUCUCCUUGCUUUGUUGAAUGUACUAGGGUCGAUGUGGACUAGCCAGAAGUUUUAAAUUUGCAGUGUAAUGAGAUAAAUAAGAGAGAAAGUGAUUUUAUGAUUUAUUAGGGUCAUCUUCACUGUAUAUAAGUAAAAAUGUGGCUGAGAUUAAACAAUUUGCACUUUUA